GACGAAAUGCGUGCCGUGUCGUAAUAAACAAUGAGCACUACGUGACGUUUCUUUGUCUUCUUCUUCUAAAAAGGUUUCUUAUUCACGGGACCGAUUUGGUCAAAGCCAUUUUAUACAUUCGAUCUAGUAGUCACGCGACUCCGCCGUCGAUUACAUGGCUUCUCACCACCACCACAACCAUAACCACGUGUGCUCACGCCACCAAAACCACCACAAUAACACCCCUCAAUUCGCCACGUCACCAAACUGCUGCAACAAAUCCAACCACCCUUCUCCGCCGCCAGCGGAGGAUAAUCUUCUCCAUCUCGUCGCUACUUACCUCCAAAAUCAUCAACAAGAAACUCAAUGCUCCUGCGAGACUUCUUGUCAAAACUUCAAUGUUAUUAGAAGUCAGAACCGUGUUUUGCGUCAGCAUAAGAAUGUUCCACGAGAAUACGACCAAGUUGUUCUGUCUUGUCUUCUCCGCAAAAUCGAUGAUCUUGAAUCUUCACUCAACAAGUUUUCAUCUUUCUAUGACAAACGUCGAGAUCGACACUCAACACUAAGAGAUUCGGCGGCGCGUGUUAUUCAAACCCAUUUCCGCUCUUACCUUGUUCACAGAUCCAUAUCCUUUAGACAACUCAAGGAGCUUGCAAUGAUAAAAGCUAGCUUCUUGUCUCUUAAAUCUUCGGUUUCGGGGAAACUCAUUUUCCCUUUCAAAGUUGUUUCUCGGAAAGCUACAGACUUGCUUCUUCAACUGGAUUCAAUUCAGGGUAGGAUUGAUCCAAUGAUAAGAAGUAGUAAGAGAUCAUUGAGCAGAGAUUUGGUGAGGUUUGUGCAAUAUGUUGAUGAUUGUGUUGUUAAAAGGUAUGGUUUUGUUGUUAAGUCUGGUAGUGGCAUCAAACUUAAUGGCAAAAAGCCUCAGGGUUUUGGUACUUCUAGUGAGGAUGAAGAUAACAAUGCAGACAUGAGUGAUGAUAGUGAAGAAGUUCCAGUGAGUUCUAUUGAUAAGAGAAAGGUUGCUAGUUCUAAGUCUAGAACCGGGGUUGUGAUAGAAGGUGAUGUAGUGAAGCCUCCGGUUAUGAAAUUUGUUGUAUUGGACAAGAACAGGAAUGUGUGUCAGGUAUAUGGAAAUAGGCAUGAUCUAACUUCGAGUGCAGAGGAUGAUUCAGUUGAUGGUGACGAGGAAACCCUUGUGAUGUCCAGGGAUAAUGGAAGGAAGCAGAGUUUGAAAGCUAGGAACGGGGUUUCGGUGAAAGGAGGUGGAGGGAAGACAACUCGGGUGGUGAAAACUGUGAGUUUUGAUGAGAAUGGGAAUGUAUGUAAGGUUUAUGGAGAUACACAUGACCUAACUUCUAGUGCAGAGGAUGAUGAUUCAGUUGACGUUGGAGAGGAAACCCUCGUGAUGUGUAGGGAUGAGGGAAAGAGGCGUAGUUCGAAAACUGGGAGCAGGGUUUUGGUGAAAGGAAGUGGAGGAAAAACAAACCGUGUGGUGAAAACUGUGAGCUUUGACGAGAAUGGGAACGUCUAUAAGGCUUAUGGAGAUACGCCAGAGUCAAGUAUUAUAAGUGAGGAAGAUGACUCGACAAGCGGAUCAAAUGAAGGAAAUGGAGAAGAGAAAGGGAAUGUGAAUGAGGUUGAGGAAAUCAAAUACGUUCCCAAGGAAAACGAGAGCUUUGAAGAAGAAGAAGAAAAAGAAACUGAUUCUGAAAAUGAAGUUUCUUCUUCAGAGGGCAGUGAAGGGGACAAAAGAGUUACUAAAAAGGAGGUCCAGCAUCAAAAAGGAAGCUUAAUGUUCUCUCCUCCAUUGCCACUAAAAAUGGAGCCUUGACCAGUGAGUCAUGAAAGAAUCCAAGUCUUCUAAAGUUCUUUGCUUAUGACUAGACUAGUUUAAUUCCAAAACCUGCAUUUUGGCAUGUUCUGUGAACCCAAUAAGAUAACCUUUUUUUAGUUGUAGAACUUGUAACAUAACUGCAUUGUGAGUGUUUUCUUGGUUUGAUCAUUCUGUUUCUGUUUAUCUCUACUCUCUAGGCCAUUUUCGAGUCAAGUCUUCGUCAUAGAUAAAUGCUAUUCUUUGAGUGAUGGUUGCUCUGUUUCUGUAGAAACCAGUUUGACUAGGUAGAUCAAUUGGAGUGUAAUCUUGUUUUUGUUCUUGUACCUUUCCUUAAAACUCAAUAAAAAGGUUAUGUUUUUUUUUGCA